GCGAGUGUUGCUUCAAAUGAAAGCAUAAAUCAAAUGUAUCUCUAACGGGUUUUGUUUUUAUCUCAUUUUAUUGUUCAGCGUGUACCAGUUUUUAAAUUGCAUUUACAACAUAUAUAACAACAAAAAUAAGAGGAAGCAGAAGAAUAAAAGAAAAAAAGAAUUACACAAAUUUCUAAAGAAUUUGAACAAGCGCAAUUCAAUCUUAGCUCUUUUUACUGCCAAUCGCCAUUCUAUAAACAAAUCUGGAAUCAAUUUCUUGGCAAUUGCUGCUGCUGCAACAAACACAACAACAACAACAACAGAAUCACCCACGCAACCAAAAUGAAAUCAAAGCUGAAAACUGCGCAGUCGAUGCUGACGUCGAAGUCGCCGUCGCCAAUGCCCAGCAACGGUAAAUGGAUGCUGGUGUCAGCAAUGCUGUUAGUUCUGCUGGCGGCCGCCACCCAAGCAGCUGAUGAGAAAACUGUGAAAGCUUCGAUUGCAGCGCCCGCAUCCAGCGUAGGACGGCAAACGGAAGAGAUUUAUAUAGAUGACGAUGGCAGUGAAGGCUCCGGCGGUCGAGGCGGGAUACACGAUGAUCUAGAAAAGGAAACGGACUACUCUGGCUCUGGCUUUGGACCCGAUGACGAGGACGCCAUAACCGAUCACCAUUCCAGUUCGCACAACACGCGCCUACAGAACGCGGGCAACUCAAAUAGUAAGCAUAAAACGAACGACAACGACGACAACGAUCUCAUCUCGAGUAUAAUCAAUCAUCAUAAUCAAAUCGACAUCAACAACAAGAACAAUCUUAAUAAUCUCAAUAUCAAUAAUAAUAAUAAUAAUAAUAAUAAUAACAAUCAUCCAGCGAAUAGUGGCACAAUCAUUGGUAGUAGCACCAACGCCAACAGCAAUCAUAAUAUCAACAACCAGAACAACCAGAACAACAACCUGAACAACAACAACAACAACGGCAUCAUCAGCAGUGGUAGUGGCAUCAGCACAAUCGCAGCUCACACACCAACAACACAAACAACAACCAUUAGCACCACCACCACCACCAUCUCCACCAGCACAACCACCAAUCCGCCCCAACUCAACAACACAGCAACCGAACAACAAUCGAAAUCAGUUGACAACACCAGUAGCACCAUCGCCACCACCAACACCACCUUGGCCACUCCCAGCUCGACCUUUAAUCAGUCCACGCCCCAACUUCCAUUGCUGCCCGAUGCCGAGGAUGAGGACGAUGCCUUCGAUCACGAGGACACGCUGCAGGGCAGUGGCGAUGAUAAUGACGACGACGAAGAUGGUGAUGACGACGAUGAUGAUGAUGAUGACAAUGGCGACGAUGCGGACGACAAAGAUGAUCAGCUGAUCGAUCCACAUCCCGAGAGCGAAAUCACUCAAACGCAUCACACGCAUGUGGAGACGUCCAAUGGACGCAAUGACAACGAUGGCGAUGGUGAUGGUCACAUUAUCGAUUUGGAUGAGAAUGUGGACGAGGAUGAUGGACUCUACACGGAGAUCAGUGUCAACAAGGAUGUGACACACCCAGCCGGCGGAUCGGGUGGCAGCAGCGGCAGCACCAACGUCCACGAAUUGGACCCCAACACCAAUAUAAACAGCCAGCCCACAGACACAAAGAUCAGCGAGCACAGGCCCGGCGGCAGCGGGGAUAUCGUCAUCAUGAGCGAGGAGGAUCGCACGACAAGUUUCUUUGCGCAGCCCGGCAUCUUGGCUGCGGUCAUUGGUGGCGCCGUGGUUGGGCUGCUGUGCGCCAUUUUGGUGGUCAUGUUCAUUGUGUAUCGCAUGCGGAAAAAGGACGAGGGCUCCUAUGCGCUGGACGAGCCAAAGCGUUCGCCCGCUAACAAUUCCUAUGCGAAAAAUGCGAAUAAUCGUGAGUUCUACGCCUGAGAUAAUGGCCAAGCGCGCAGAUAUUAAGCUGAUCUGGACGAGACGGGGAGCGGGGUGCGGCAGCAGCAGAAAUCAGGAUGUGGGCGUGGCAGUCAACAGCAA